ACUCUUGUAUGCUGUGGGAUGUUUUUUAAGGGAUUCUGUGCCCUCUAAAGGAUUAAUAACUCAUAAAAUUUGAAGGUCCUUUCUACAAAUUACAUACCAACAUAUAUAUAUAUAUUUCUGUGUAUAUAUAAGUGCGCUUAUAUAUAUGUGCAUCUGCGUGUGUAUAUUCCCUAGCAUUCAUUUAAACAGUAUGAUUUAAAACAAAACAAAACCCAGAAAACAGCAUCCAAAAUCUCAAAUUCUUGUGAUCCUCCAUUCCUCCACAAAUACACACCCACGUAUAUACAGAGAUACACACACUGACACACACAAAACAAAGCAAAAAAAAAAGACUAUUUUAUUUACUCUCAAACCAAGUUUGCUCUUUGGGUUUUUUUAAAAAUUUACCAUGUGACUACCCAUCCUUUUGAAUUAACUAACCAAAGGUUUACAUAUUAAACAUCUCUCUCUACCAGUUUUGGAAUUUAUUUUCACAGGACUGGUGGAGCGACGCAGCACCUGUCCUAUCUCCUCCACUUGUGUGUAUGUGUCAACACUUCAGCCGACAGAACAAAAAUGUUUACCUGUGAACAACCAGAGCACUUUACCUUAAUUAGCUUUGUCAUUGUCUUGCCAACUUACUGCUACCACCACGACCCCUUGAUCGUCGUGUAACCAUGUUAGGGAACAUGGGCCAGAGUGGUGGGGAGUAUGUGGGUAGCCCAGUCUUCGCUGGCUCGUCCACAGCACUAGUGGCGAUGAAAUGCCAAGAAACUGAACAGAGAUCAGACCUCAGUGCUGGCAGCAGCUGCAACUCACCUAAUACCGGUGCCACCAUUGAGGUGCACAACAGUAAUAACUCUUCUAACACUAGUGCAACUACUGAAGUGCACAAUAGCAAUAACCUGCAAAAAACAGAACAUGAAACUCAACAUUAUUCCAAAGCCAAUUCCCCGAGUCACAUUCUAAAACCCAAAAUCACCCGCGGACUUUACAGACAACAACCACCUCCAAACCUUGAAUAUCAUCCUGAUCUAUCGUGGUUUCGACCUUGGAAAGGAAGAAAACUGUUGUUAGAAGGGCAAGAUGCCCCUGGGGGCCAAAAGCCACAGUUAUUUGACUCCCAGCAGGGGUCGAGCAAAAACCUAAGUCCCAACUAUAAAUCAAAAUCUCCCCUUGCAUCCCCGUUGCGUUACCUCCACAGUUUCACUUAUUCGGAUGUGAGUGAUGUGUCUGAAGACAGUGGUGGCGGCACCAGCAGUCGAGAGCCAUCGCCUGCCAAGGAACAGGAUCUUGAAGACCAUCAGAACCAGUGUCUACAGUCACCGUCCAAACUUAAAUUGGACGAGUCUGUAUCUUCAGAGAAAUCCCCCAAAAUGCUACGAAUCAGCACUUCGGAAUGUACAAACGUUGAAACCCGGUCGUCUGACUCCGACAGGUCCCCCAAUCGGACAGAGUCGAGUGGCCAGUGGCGGUGUGAGGACGAAGGCAAUCGAGGAAUCGAGAAACCUUUAGUUCGUCACGGUAGUUACAAAAAGAUCCUUCAGGCUCGCUAUCUGUCGAGUAUUGAAGACGAUAGCAGUGUUUGUCAGAUGGAUCUGAAGGAAGACGACACAAAGGACAACGAUGUCUUUAUGCCUGCUGAAAAUCCUCAAGACGAACCAAACCAAAGCAUCUCUUCAACUGCUGAUAUCAACUCUAACCAAACCUCACUGGCUUCAACUGUUGGCCAGCCACAAUCUUCGAACACAUCACUAGCCAGCGGACUUCAAUGUGAACCCCUCGAUCUGUCAAGUCGGACAUACGAGACAUCCCCCACAAAAGGCCCUCCAAUGACAAUAUCAGAAAUUGUCUGCCCCCCUCCACCUGAACCUUUUACUUUAUCUCCUUCUUCUUACAUCAGGUCACCGCCUUUUUAUUCAAAGCAUUUGCUGUCACCUCGAUCACCUCUUUGUUCUGUACCUGAAGGGGGGCAUGUAUUCAACUUUAACUUGCCUUCUCCUCUGGAAGGCACCCAUUCUGACUCAGAGGUCGCCUCACCUAGUCCCCGUUCUCCAAGUUACCAUUUUACAUUCCCACCUCGGCCGUCUUUGGUCAGCUCCUUACCCGACUUCAAGCGACACCCCGUUUCCCCAAGGGCCUUCUACCCAAGCAGUCCAAUACCUCUCUCACCUUCUCAGCCCCAGUCUGCCGGCGCUGGUAGCCGACACCCUUACAGUCCCAUCAGUAAUAGUGGGGGGAACGAAGAUUCCCGUGAGAGACAUGCAUUUUCUGAUUCGGACGUAACAUAUCUGUGCCCUGUCUGUGACCAGGCUUUCCCCUCUUAUGACAACCUUACCAAACACAUGGCCAAGCAUCUCCCCACGGAGACAGUGCGUACGGGCGACAACAACAAAGUGCAUUACUGCAAAGUGUGUCGCCGUGCUUUCUCCCGUAGCGAUAUGCUCACCCGACACAUGCGCUUGCACACAGGCCUGAAACCUUAUGAGUGUCGCAUCUGCGGACAGGUGUUUAGCCGCAGCGAUCACUUGAACACACACCAGCGGACACAUACAGGCGAGAAGCCAUACAAGUGUCCGCAGUGUCCGUACGCUGCGUGCCGGCGUGACAUGAUCACACGACACAUGCGUAUCCACCUGAAACGGUCGUCAAAGAAGAAAUAUCCACCAUUCCAAAGCAAAGAUGAACCGGACACACCGGCAUCGAACAACACUCCAACACCCAAGGGAUCACUCUCCAGCGGUGACGCCACGGACUCUCCUGACCAAUCAGCUCGUGCCUGCUCUGUGUCCAGUGCCGACAGCAUCGACUCGGAACAGAACAGCGGAAGCAGUAGCAGCUUGCAACAGCAGAAGCAGCAGGCCUUCGUUGGUGGCUCGUCAUCAGAAGGCAUUGAAGCUGACCGCAGUAGUAGCAGCAGCGGGCGGCCUCGAUUCUGGUCGACGGCCAGUGGUGAGAGUACCGAUCUUGAGGAGCAUGUUGGUAUUAGCAGCGGCGGCAACAUAAGCAACACCAGUAGCAGUAACAGCAGCACCAACAUCAAUACAACCAAUACCACUAACAACAACAACAGAAAUACAAACAGCCCUCUAGUGGCAGCCGUGUUCAUGGAAAGUGGUGAAGGGGUUCUGCCCCCACAUCUUAAUUAUCGAAAGACACGGAACUGGUCUGUCACCAGUCAUGAGAGUAUAGAUUCCGAAGAGAUGGCACCUGGCUGUCAGGAUGCCUUUGUCGACGAACUGGCCUUCGAGAGUGACCGGCCAGUGGCAGCACCGACGUCAUUGUCGUCGUCGUCAUCGUCAACGACGACGGCAGUCAUCUCCGACGAAUCUCUAAAGUCAGAAAGUCCGGCCAUUGAUACCGAAAGUUUGCAGAAGUUUAGUAUUAGCUCCGACAGGAGUUGACAUUGUUUGGGCAGAGGUGACCUUGAGGAGAGAGAGGGUGGGGGUGGGUUCACGGUGAGGUGAUGCUGAGUUGGGUGUAAAUAAUGGAAAAGACAAACGUGGAGAUGAACUGAAGAACUCGCGGGGGAGACGAAGAAAAAGAAGUAAAAACGUGGGGUUAAAUACAAAAAAAAUGAAUAACAGUUUCUCAUUUUCUCCCAAACUUUUCCCUAUGACCCCUAUUUUUGAUGAAAAGUAGGGGAGAUGAAAAAAAUGAAAAAGAGGUGAAAAAAGAAGGAGAAUUAACAGUUUCUCCUAAAUAAUUAAAAAAAAUGUUUAAUUUGAGAAAACAAUAUGUGUAUAAGGAGAAAGAAAAACAAUAAUGAUCAUAAUAAUAAUUGUAAUGAUCAUAAUGAUAAUGACAAUAAUGAUCAUGAUAACAAUAAUAAUGAUAAUUCUGAUCAUAUAAUAUGAUGGUAAUGAAUGCAAUAAGAAUGAUAGCAAUGAUCAUAAUAACGACAGUAAUGAUCCAUGAUAAUGACUACUGAUCAUAAUAAUUAAUGAUGGUAAUGAUCAUAAUACUAAUGAUGGGGAUGAUCAUAGUAAAAACAAUAAUGACAGUAAUGAUCAUAAUAUGAAUGCCAGUAAUGAUUAAUCAUAGAGACACAGUAAUGAUCAUAGUAAUAAUGCCAGUAAUGAUCAUCAUAAUAAAGACAAUAUUGAUCAUAAUAUUAAUGCCAGUAAUGAUCAUCAUAGUAAAGACAGUUAUGAUCAUAAUAAUAAUAACGGUAAUGAUCAUAAUAGCAGUGACUGUAAGGAUCAUAAUAAUGAUGGUAAGCAUUAUAAUGAGAGUAAUAAUGAUGAUGGUAGUGAUCAUAAUAAUUAAUGACAGUAAUGAGCAAUGAUGAUAAUGAUCAUAAUAAUAAUGAUUAUAAUGACAGUAAUGAUCAUAAAAGUAAUUACAGUAAUGAUCUUAACUAUGAUGACACUAAUGAUGAUAACAUCUUUGAUGGUAAUGAUCACUAAUAAUGUUGAUGCCAAUGAUCAUAACACUAAAGACUAAUGAUCAUAAUAAUAAUGAAGGUAAUGAUCAUAAUUUUUUUAAAGAAAAAGAAAAAAAUCAUAAUAAUAAUAAUUAAAUAAAAAAUAUAAAUAAAUAAAAGAAAACAAACGAUGUUAUCUCCAAGAUAAACAUUUGAUAAUAAACAACGCUGAUAAAAGAUUAA